AUGGAGUACACUCAGGUGUUUUGUGUGGUCCUGUUGGCGAUAGGAUGUCAAGGCAUGUCCUUGACUGACAGCAUCGAUUUCGGACCAACAGAAGUGAUUUCAAAUGAAACGGCAGCACUGUACAACCACGGGGUCGACAUGGGGAUCAUCGACCCUAAAAAAUAUUCUCUCGAAUCAUUUGCUCACGAUGAGACCCACGUCUUUAAGGACACUUACAACGAAUACGUGUCAAUGAAUGGCAGCUAUCCACUGGAUUACCAGGAAUGGCUCAUCAUGAACAACUAUGGGAUAUUGCCAGAUACUAACGAAUCUAUGUUCCAAAGAAAAAUUAGUAAACGCAGCACAGCUGACAACAAAAGAGCUUUUGUAAAUACGGUGAAGAAAGGAGAUAUUUUGAUCUCCGGCCGAGGAACUGGAGGACUCUUAGGUCACGCAGCAAUCAUGACCUCAGAUUACUGGGUCCUAGAAAUGCCUGGCGGUGAUGGCUUUAUGUCAGGCAUUAGGGAUAAUAACAGACAGAUUCCUAAAGACAAAUGGUUUGAUGAACAUGCUUCUGACUGGACCACAGUCUACCGUUGUCCUGAUAACUCAGUCGCUCGUCAAGCUGCAGGUUGGGCUGAUAGGAACUACUACAAUCCCAAUGGUGGAGCCACGAAAACCAUCCACGUAACUUACAAGAUCACUGCUGACUUUACUUCCAAGAAUCCAAGCUAUUGUUCCAAGCUGGUCGUUCAAGCCUACUACUACGGUACGGGUUCGAAGAGUGUUAUCUACAUCAGAGACAAAUCUAAUGCCAUUAUCAUUCCUACUACCAUUCCGUCGUACUUCAGAUCUCCGUAUCUAUUGGUAAACAAAGGAAAAUAUUAAUUA